UUCAUCGGAUAAGGCUCGGUUUUUUUCUCCAUCUCUGUUUACAUGUCUUCUUCUCUAAAGCCACUGUGUUUCAGAAAUGUCUUCCUCUAACUUAACACUAUUCUUAUAAGUUAUAAUUCCCCCAAAUCUUUCAAACCCUAAAUUUCUUUUUCCUUUCUAAACAAUGGGCUCCAAAAUCCUCCCGCAGGCACUAGUAGCGAUUCCGAGAAACCCUAAUCAAUGCCAACCACCUCCAAGAAAGCUAGGGUUCUCUACUUCAAUUCACCGCUGCAGUUCAACUUCUCGCGUUUCAAUAUCUUCUAGAGCUUCAUUUGGUUCAAAUCUUGAUUCUAUCACCUCCGCAUUUGCAAAACAGAGGUUUAUCGCGAGAGCGGAAUCCGAAGAAGCUGCAGCUGCAGUAGAAGUUGUGGAGGAGAGUGAAGUAGAAGUAGAAGAAGAUGAAGUGAAAGUUGAAGAGACACCUAAAGAGCCAAGAAAGCCAAUUAUUAAACUUGGUGAUAUAAUGGGGAUAUUGAAUAAGAGAGCAGUUGAGGCAUCAGAGAAGGAACGGCCUAUUCCUGAAAUUAGAACUGGAGAUGUAGUGGUGAUUAAAUUGGAAGUUCCGGAGAAUAGGCGUAGGCAGUCCAUUUAUAAGGGAAUUGUAAUUUCAAGGCAAAAUGCUGGUAUUCAUACUACUAUUAGAAUUCGGAGGAUAAUUGCUGGUGUUGGGGUUGAAAUUGUUUUCCCUCUGUAUUCACCAAAUGUAAAGGAAAUAAGAGUAGUCAGCCACAGAAAGGUGAGGAGGGCGAGGUUGUACUAUUUGAGAGACAAGCUUCCUAGGCUAUCCACCUUCAAGUGAAGACCUCAGCAAGAGUUGUUUUUUCACAGUAGCGGUCCAACUGCAGAGAUGUUGUAAGAACCAACUUUUCAUGUCUCCAUUUCUUUCUUUUUGAUCUAUGAAGAAUUGUUGUACGCAUAUAUGGAUCAAUCUUCUUUGUGCAAAAUGACAGCAUAUGUUGUUUCAACUUUUUGUAGCGGUCACUUAUGGCCAUCAUUUAUGCAAAUCCAAGUAUAUUUUUCA